AAUGUGAUAACUUGUAGUGGCUAUGGGAUUGCUGCACAGGCAUUAACAGCAGUAGUGAGGGCCCAUGAUGGUCGUGGUCCACAGACAGCACUUACAGAUUGUAUUUUGAAAGCUCUCAGCCUUUCUUCUCCGGAUGAACUGAUAGGGUGGACUUAUGCGGAUCCAUCUUGGGCACGCAUUGCAGCACUUGUCCCAGAUGUAGUGUCUUGUGCAGAAUCUGGUGAUCAAAUUGCACAUAAAAUACUUGUUGAUGCAGUCAAGGAAUUGGCUCUAAGUGUGAAAGCUGUUGUUCAAAGACUUUCCUUGUGUGGUGCAGAUGGAAAUGGUUCUUUUCCUGUUGUGAUGGUUGGUGGUGUCCUUGAAGCUAAUAAGAGUUGGGAUAUAGGAAAAGAAGUUAUUAAUUGCAUCCAAAGACACUACCCUGGGGCUUAUCCAGUUAGACCAGAGGUAGAGCCUGCUGUUGGGGCAGCUUUGCUGGCCUGGAAUUUCUUGAUGAAAGAAUCAGAAAGGCACCACAACAGCUGACCAGGGAUCUCUUACAAGUGUUCUACUCUGCAUUUCAAAAUAUAAGAAGAUUUUUAAAGAACAUUGUUAUUGUCAGUGAAUUUCUUGUAUGUAGUCAUUGUAGAAAGAUAUUGAGAAGCUCUCUUAUUAAUUGUAAUCAUUAACUUAUCAAAAUUAAUCAUAAUUCAUGAUUCAGGAAUUUCUUA